AUGUCGCAAGACCAGACUGCAGCGUCCACCAUCUCGGUUCAAGUGCCAGCCACCCCAACUCCAAGCCUUGCCAACAACCGGUAUCGCGAUCCUGAAAGCUUCUCUAUCUUGCGUGGUGAGGACGUUGAAGACUGGCUCGACAACUACGAUCGUGUCAGCGAAUACAACUGGAACGAGACAUCGAGCGAGGAGCAGUGGAAGGCUGCCUUGCGCAGCUCGAGGUCCGACCUUAAGAAGGUCAUCCUGGAGUGGGCUGAGAAGAUGGAGGAGGCCUACCUCAAGCAGUGCCUCGCCCACCCUCUAUCCCCAGCUAGCAAUGCCCCUGUGGAAGUGACAGCUGUGGUGGGUGGUGACGCCUGGCUCCCGUGCAACAUUACCCCCGACGGCAACGAAGAGCGCCCCGUCGCCCUGAUCCUGUGGUACAAGGACAACUCUUCGACUCCCGUCUACACGGUUGACGCUCGCUGGGGCAGCCUUCUCCAAGGAGCUCGGCACUUUCCCAGCGAGGAGGACGAGGAGCUGGCGGCCAGGAUGAGCUUCGAGGCCGGCCACCAGCCGGCGCUGCUGCGAGUGACCCGCGUCCAAGCCGAGGACGCCGGCGUGUACCGCUGCCGCGUGGACUACCGCCAGGCGCGCACUGAAGUCACGUUCUCCGUUCUACGCGUCAUAGUGCCUCCGAGGGAGCUGAUAGUUCUGGACGAGUACGGCCAGAGACAAGUUGAUGUCCUUGGGCCAUACAACGAGGGCGCCACUGUUCUUCUAGUGUGCGAAGUGGAGGGAGGGGAUCCUCCACCAGAAGUUGUUUGGUAUAAGGACAACGAAUUGCUGGACGCCAGCUUCUCUGUGCUGUGGCCGCAAGGGGUCGUGCGGAACGAGCUGCGACUGGGCCCGCUACGACGACGAGAUCUUCUCGUCGCGCUUCAGUGCACUGCUUCGAAUAACAACCUCACGGAGGAGCUGACAGCCCGGCUUAAGCUGGAUCUCACUCUGAAACCCACGGAGGUGAAGGUGUCGUUGCCAGCACUUUCGGCCCCUUCUGGUGGCGCCACCCUGGUGGCCGGCGAGGUGGCCGAGGCGCGUUGCCAAGCGCGGGGCGCGCGGCCCGUGGCGCAAGUCGCCUGGUUCAAGGGAAGCGAGCGGCUUCAGCACGACCGGCUGCUGUCUCGCGAGCCAGGGUUGACGCUGAGCGCUGUGAGCUUUGUGGUGCGCGCCCAGGACCAUGGUUUGCAGCUUACGUGCCGUGCAGACAACCCAAGCCUUCCAGGGAGCGAAAUCAGCGAUUCAUUUGUGCUUGACGUUCAGUAUCCACCACAGCUGUCACUCACUGCUUCCGACCUUCGUCCGCACGAGGGUGACAACUCCACGCUACGCUGCGAUUGGAGCGCCAACCCCACCGUGAACGCCGUCUGGUGGCGUCGCGACGGGCAGCUGCUGGAGUGGCGAGACGAAGUGCUUCACCUGAGCAACGUGACCAGAGCUCACUCCGGCCUCUAUGAGUGUCUCGCCUCUAACCGUUUCGGUGAAAGUUUCAGCAACCAACUGCGGCUCUCCGUGCAAUACGCUCCCGAGUGCGCCGAGGGUCAAAGGGCAGAGUACGCGGCGUCACCCGAACUCCGCGUCGCUUGCGAGGUUCGCGCCAACCCAAGCGACGAGCUGCACUUCGAGUGGCUGGCCAACACCACGAAGCGUGCGGGCCGCAUCAACAGCCUGGCGGUGAACGGAACCCGGGCCCUCGCGCGGGCUGUCGCCAGCAGGGAGCUGGAGUACGGCCUGCUGCUCUGCUGGGCAUCAAACAACGUGGGAAAGCAGCGGGAUCCGUGCAUCUUCCGCAUCGUGCCGCCUGCGCCUCCUGGAAGUCCUCACAACUGUACGGUGACUGCUCAAAGUCAAGACGGCAUGGCGGUCACCUGUUCACCAGGCCCCACAGGCGGUCUCCUGGUGACCUUCUUCGCCGAGCUGCUCAUUGAAGGAGCGGCGACGUCGCCUCCUACGCUGUUGCAAAACGCCAGCGACUCCCGGCGGCCAGAGUUCAACUUCGCAGGGUUGCCCAAGGAGGGCUCAUUGCUGGUCCGAGUUUACGCAGCCAACUCGCAAGGCCGAAGCGCCCAGACUGAGGUGCACCUUCCCGCCGGAUUAUCGCUACUGCACAAACCCUCUACCACCAUCGACUCCAGCGCGGUGAAGCUACCAGGCCAUGUUUUGGGCUUUCUCGUUACGGCAGUCGUCGCACUUGUUUUUGUUAUCGUCUCUCUGACUGCUGCAGGACACUGGAAGCGACGGCGGAGGCGUAAAGGUGGCUACGGCAUUCACUUGAAGCGGCCGCUGGCUGGACUUUGGUCCCAGGAGCGUUACUGA